AUGGCGGAGCCACCUGCAAAGCGUGCUCGCCGAGCCGAUAGCUCAGCCAUGUGGGAUUCCAAUGAUAAAACGCCUCGUGCAUCAGAGCAAGGAUCAGACCGCGACCGCAGACGUUCACCAGCCCCACGAGAUGACCGACGCGACGGCCGAUAUCGCUCUCGCUCACGAGAACGCAAAGAUGGAAGGCGAGAACGGAGCUGGUCUCGAGAUCGCCGCGACCGAGACCGACGAGACGGAGACAAAGAAGGGCGUGGGGCCCAGGACCGAAAGAGGAGCACCAGUCGGGAACGCAACCAGGAUAGACGAGGUAAUCCACCUAGAAGCGUUAAGUUUCGCGAACGUUCCCGCUCCCGAUCUCCGCAACGCAAUGGUGCAAAAGCCCGGUCACCCCCUCGAGGCCCCAGGAGUGACCGCCAUGGCGACCGCAAAGAGCCUCGACCGCAAGAUGAUGGGCGGAAGUCGACAGGCGUACGACCAGGACAAGAACGUCACGAGGACGCGAUGGACAUAGACUUCAACGAAGACGCGGACGAGGACGAACUCGAAGCACAAAUGCGAAGGACCAUGGGUUUCAGCAGGUUCCGGACUACCAAGAACACCAAAAUUCCCGGAAACAACAUCUACGGUGUGCGGAAGGAGAAGAAGAUCGAGUACCGACAGUACAUGAACCGCCAGGGCGGUUUCAACCGGCCUCUCAGUCCCUCGCGAUGA